CGCGAAACAUACAUUCGGUGCUUUUCAAUUAAAUCAGUGGUGAGGUACUUUUUCAUGUUAGCAUCUGGCAACACUGUUAGCUACCUGUCUCGAAGUGAGAGCAUAGAAAAAAUUGUUUUGUUGAUAUAUUAUAAGCAAAACAAUCAAAAUCAACAAUAAUGAUUUAAAAACAUUAAGGUUUUGUUGUAUUUUAAGUUUAGUUAGUGUUUAUAGUCAAUUUAGCAAAUUUUUCAAGGAAAUUUCUCAAACAAAGAAACAUGAGUCAAAUAAUAAGCGAAGUGCCUUGGGGGUGGAGGAUUUUACAGAAAAUUACGGACAUUUGCUGCCCAAGGUUGAGAAUCAAUCGGGAAAAAUGUUUCCGUUGGAGCGUGCUAUUUUUAACAUAUAUAAGUUAUAUGUGCUAUCAUUUAACCAGAAAACCAAUAUCAGUAGUAAAGACAGUAUUACAUCGUAACUGCAGUGAAAUAAAACCCGAUCAUGACCCCAGUAACCCGAAUUGGUGUGAUUUUGCCCCCUUUGAUGGCUCAGAUUCGAGUGCCAAACAAAUGCUAGGGGAACUGGACUCUGCGUUUUUGUUUUCCUAUGCCAUUGCAAUGUUCCUUUCAGGUUUUUUGGCUGAAAGGAUCAAUUUGCGAUACUUCUUGUCCAUAGGAAUGUUGUUGUCGGGGAUUUUCAGCUAUUUGUUUGGCAUAGGAAAAACCUAUGAGAUACAUAACAUCUACUACUAUGUGGCAGUGCAGGCUUUAGCAGGGAUUUUCCAGACUACAGGGUGGCCGGGAGUUGUCACUGUUAUGAGCAACUGGUUCGGAAAAAGUAAGAGGGGACUCAUCUUUGGACUAUGGAACUCCCAUACAAGCAUUGGGAAUAUGCUGGGCUCUUGGAUUGCCGGAGCUUACGUCGAAACCGACUGGGCUUAUUCGUUCAUAAUCCCAGGUUUGGUUAUUGGGGUGGUCGGGUUCAUACUGUUUUUGUUUUUGGUUGUGAAUCCGACGGACGUGGGGCUGAUGUCCGAGCAGCAGAGGCUAGCAGCCGAAGCCACUUUUGCGAGCCCCUAUGUUCUCAAUGAUGAAUAUUCAUCUGGAAUGUCUGAUUCUCAGAUGUAUGUCAGAGAAUGUGAUGCCAAAUCUAGGGUUAAAAAUUCGAAUAGUUACAUCAUAGAUGUGCAAAGACGACAGUCGAAUGAAGGUUCUCCCCUGUUGCCGAGGGGCGAAGGAAACGGCAACAACGCUAUAGGCUUUUUCGGCGCAUGUAAAAUUCCCGGCGUCAUCGAGUUUUCUCUGUCGCUAUUUUUCUCGAAACUCGUCAGUUACACUUUCCUGUACUGGUUGCCUUCGUACUUAAAUUCCACAAAAAUGAGCGCCAGAGUCAGCGCCGAUAUUUCCACGCUGUUCGACGUGGGCGGAAUUGCGGGCGCAAUUAUAGCCGGAGUAAUCAGCGAUAAAACUGGAAUGUCUGCCGUAACAUGUUCCGGCAUGUUGUUACUUGCCGCACCUAUGAUGUUCGUUUACCAAACUUUCAGUCACGUUAGCCUGGCAACAAACAUGUUAUUGCUGAUGGUACUAGGCCUUCUCGUAAACGGACCGUACGCCUUAAUUACCACGGCCGUUUCGGCCGAAUUAGGCAACCACAAGUGCUUGGAUGGAAACGCCAAAGCCAUGGCAACGGUCACGGCCAUCAUUGACGGAACUGGAUCCAUUGGAGCCGCGUUGGGCCCCCUUUUCGCGGGUUUUUUGGCCCCACUGGGUUGGGAGUGGGUUUUUACCGUGCUAACAGUUUCCGAAAUAAUUUCGCUUAUUUUGCUGGUGAGAUUGUCCAAAAACGAAAUACAACUCUACAUCGCCAAUAGGAGGCUUUUGGCCCUAGGGGGGCAUAGACGCGAAUAAUAAAAAAAAAAUUUGCGACGAUAUUUUUUGGAUAUUUGAGGGUUAAAAUAAAAACCUACAUUCCGAUAAAAAAAAGUAUUACUAUGUAAAGGGUGUUUAGGUAUUACAGGUUUUUUUUGAAACUAAUAAAGUAACCCUCACAUAUCCGAAAAUAAUCAAAAAGUAUUACUAAUUAUACAGGGUGUACACCAAAUAUAUGUACAUUUUGUAUGACAAAUUACGGUUUUGUAAAAUACAGAUUUACACGCACAAAAUUCGUAUAUUACAAACCACAAAACUAACUAUAAAAUCAAUAAACUUUGCCAAAUUAUUUUUUGAAACAAACUGCCAAAAACUAGUUGAAUAAAUAUUUGUUUUGUCCCGAAUUUUCGUUAAUUUAUUACUUUGUGGCAUAAUGUCUUUAUUUAUUUUGUAGUGAGUUUAUAAUAUAUGUUCUUGUAUAUUAUUUAUAUACAUUUUGUUCAUAAAAAUGGGUUAUUAAUAUUAUUAUAAUUAUUAUAAAAAAAAUGAGAUUCCUUUACUUAAAGAAUUAUAUUUUUGGUUUAUUUCUAUUUUUGCUUUGGCCCUUUAUUAUAUAAUAUAGUUAAAAAGGUUUUUUUGACAAUACAACCACAUAACAUACGUUUUUAUUUUGUUGACACCCCUUAAAACCUUUUUACUAAAAGUUUAUUUUCUUACGAAAUAAUGUUUAUUUUUCUUUAAAAAAAUCAUUGGUGCUGAAGUAAAAAAGAACUGAUUUUCUACUGAUAAUUUUCGCAGCAAAAUUUGUUAUCCUGUAAAUUGUGCUGUUAAAAUGUAGUGUACGUCUAAAAAAAUUAUUUAUUUUAGUUACCAAAAUAUGUUCCUAAAAUCUGUUUGUGUUCUUAAUGUUUGUUAGAAUAGCAUUUAUUUUUUAUUUUUUUAAGGUUAUCUUAGAAAUACAUUCCGUUGAUCUAAAAACAGUUAUAGGAACAAUGUUAUAUUAUAUGUGUGAUAUAAUAAAUAUAUUUUUACAAUUAUUGUGAUUUUUUUAUCCAAGGAUGUCCAAAC